GCCCGGCGCGGAGGCUCGGCGGGGCCGGCCGGCGCGCUGCAUCUGGCCGGCAGGACAGGACAGUAAACAGAGCCCUCGUGCCAGGUACUGUGGAGGGGAGCGGAGAGGCCUGAUUGGAAGUGACUUUGGGCUGGGUGGAUGAAGGCUGCCGGAAGUGUGAACAGGCCAGAUCAGCACCCACAAUCUGGCCAUCACAUCUGAGUACCACAGACAUGACAGCCAGUGCCAGGAACAUAGGAGGAGACUAAAUCCUGCCGACAGCGCUCCUGAGAUUGGCCUUGAAGGUGCAGAGAAGCCUGUGGCCGAAGCCCACCGGCGACCAGAGGUUCCGAGCUCGCCGGCCGGCAGCGCGCUCCGGGCAGCUGUACGAGCCCCGCGCCCCGCUGCGCAGCACCAUGCCGGAGGGUUGAGCCUGGGGGCCGCUGCUCUCCAGGACCCAGCAGGACCUGGUCCCUGCCCGGCGUUGGGACUGUGAGCGCCAGGGCCGAGCCCGGGCCGCUGACCAUGGUGCUGCCGCCUCCGGACCGGCGCCACGUGUGCCUGACCACGCUGGUGAUUAUGGGCAGUAUGGCCGUCAUGGACGCGUACCUGGUGGAGCAGAACCAGGGUCCGCGCAAGAUCGGUGUGUGCAUCAUCGUGUUGGUAGGCGAUGUGUGCUUCCUGCUGGUGCUGCGCUACGUUGCCGUGUGGGUGGGGGCCGAGGUGCGCACGGCCAAGCGUGGCUACGCCAUGAUCCUCUGGUUCCUCUAUAUCUUCGUGCUGGAGAUCAAGCUGUAUUUCAUCUUUCAGAACUACAAGGCGGCGCGGCGCGGAGCGGCCGACCCAGUGGCUCGGAAGGCGCUCACGCUGCUGCUGUCUGUAUGUGUGCCGGGCUUGUUCCUGUUGCUCGUGGCACUGGACCGCAUGGAGUACGUGCGCACCUUCCGGAAGCGCGAGGACCUGCGCGGCCGCCUCUUCUGGGUGGCUUUAGACCUGCUGGAUCUGCUAGACAUGCAGGCCAACCUGUGGGAGCCGCCGCGCACUGGGCUGCCCCUGUGGGCCGAAGGCCUCACCUUUUUCUAUUGCUACAUGCUGUUGCUGGUGUUGCCCUGCGUGGCGCUCAGCGAGGUCAGCAUGCAAGGGGAGCACAUUGCGCCGCAGAAGAUGAUGCUGUACCCGGUGCUCAGCCUCGCCACUGUCAACGUGGUAGCCGUGCUGGCCCGUGCCGCCAACAUGGCGCUCUUCCGCGAUAGCCGAGUCUCCGCCAUCUUCGUAGGCAAGAACGUGGUGGCGCUGGCCACCAAGGCCUGCACGUUCCUCGAGUACCGUCGUCAGGUUCGCGACUUUCCACCGCCUGCGCUUGCCCUUGAGCUGCAGCCACCGCCUUCCCAGCGCAACUCGGUGCCGCCUCCUCCACCACUGCAUGGCCCGCCGGUGCGCCCCCACGGGCCCUCACCCACUCGUGACGCUUUGGACACGUGACAGGCCCCCCGCGGGCCGCACAGACGCUGGACUAGCUGCGCGCGGUUUGCAUGGGAUGGGAUGGGGCAGGCUCCCCUUAGGAACAGGUGUUGUGAGUGCAGUGCCUGGGGUGUCUGGGGCCGCGUUUGCUUCUUCAUCUCAGGAAUCUCUCGGAGCACGGACACUCAGCCUCCACGCCACUAGCUCACCUCGAUGCACAGGGCAGCUGGUGAAGCCUGGUCUCAAGUGGAGAUGGUUCAAGCCCUGCCUGCUGCUGGGCCACCGGGGUGGGAAGGGAGGGCAGUGUUUCAGGAGAUCUGGACCUAUGGUAGGGGCCUCUGCUCAGAGUUUGGGGCCAAGGAGGCCUCUGUCAUUUUAAAGACUUGUGUUUACAGUUUUGU